UGAGGCGGAGAUGCUGAAAAUAGAAGACCUAUACUCAUUGGCAGAGAUGGGUGUUAUUGCUAAUGGGAAUGGGUUGGGCUGUAUUAUAAAGGGCCCAGGAUCCGGUUGAAUCAUUUACUUGAAGCAUCAUCAUCACCAACUCUCACAACUCUCACAACUCCCACAAACACUUUUACCUACAUCGCCAACUCCCAAAACUACGGAAACAAUGCGUCUGUCUCUCGCCGCCACCGCUGCCACUCUCCUUGCCGUCGCCCAGGCGCGCAUCAACGGCAUCUCGGUCCCCGCCACCAUCAAGCCUGGCGACACCUUCGACGUCAUCAUCGAGAGCUCCAACUACAUACAGAGCGUCUACGACGUAGCCAUUGCCAUCGGCUACGCGCCUGGCACCGGCUACCCUGAAUCGCUGGGCAGCGUCGCCGACUCGUUCUACCUGGGACCGGACGAGUCGAACCAGCUUCAUAGCUUCAACAAGACCAUUACGAUUCCUUCUUCCGUGUCAAAGGGCAAGGGCAUUGUGACGGCGUCGCUGAUGAGCUUGUAUGGCGCUGCCUAUUCGCCGACGCUGUCCAACUACAACGUCUCGGUGACGUUUGGCGACAAGACGAGCAAGAAGUACAAAUCCAGCUUUUAGAGGGCACGAAUCAACUUUGUAUAGAUUGGGUGGGAAAGGAUAUGGUAUUGAGUGCCUAGCCGGGCGUAGGAUAGAGCGAUAUGUGACGAGAUAGAUUAUUACUUAGCUACUUAUAUUGAAGACGCGCGGAGGCCGGCAUCCGUGUUCAUUCCAUCAUCUACUCCCAUGCGAAGAUUUCACUCAGCUAGCUAUACCUCGAUCUCAGCCCUCAAUUGCGUCACGCGCAAGUAAUCCCGAGAGCCUUCUUGUUGACCAAUACAUA